AAUACCAGGCAAGGACACAGAGAGACAGGAAGAAUUUGUUGAAACACCAAGACUGCACUAAUACUGAAUAGAACUGAAGAUGGCUGGUAAAAGAGGUCCAAUGCUCAAGACGGAGCAUAACAUUGACGGCAAUCAAUACUACGUACCAGUGCAGCCUGCUGAUCUGAGGAUUGUGCUGGUGGGGAAGACUGGAUCAGGGAAGAGUUCGUCAGGAAACACCAUCCUGGAAAGAGAAGCAUUUGACUGUCAUCUAUCACCUAAGUCUGUGACAAAGGAGAGUUGGAUAGAAGAGAGCGUGUUACAGAGCAAGACCAUCUCUGUAACUGACACACCCGGUGUGUAUGACACAGAAUUUACAGAGGAAAAGUUGACACGUGCAUUACAUUCCUGCAUUUACAUGACAGUGCCUGGACCCCAUGUGUUCCUUCUAGUGAUAAGAGUUGGUGUGAGAUACAACAAGGAGGAGAAAGACGCAGUGAAAUGGAUCUGUGAUCAUUUUGGGAAGGAGGCUUUAGCAUACACGCUAAUACUCUUCACCCACAAUGAUAUGCUGAGGGGUAAUCAUUUAGAGCAAUAUAUUGAUGAGAGCCGUGAGCUUAAAGAGCUCAUUACAGACUGUGGGGGCAGAUUUCAUGGAUUUAACAAUUUAGACACACGCAGAAGUCAAGUCACUGCUCUCCUGCAGAAAAUUGAGAACAUGAUGGAAAUUAACAAAGGGAAAGGAAGCGAGCACUAUACCAACGAUAUGUUUAAGAAGGCAAAGAGACAGAUUGAAUUGGAAAGAUUGAAAAAUGUAGCUGUAGGUGUUGCAGGUGCUAUAGUAGUUGUAGGGACAGGAGGAGUCCUGUCAAGCUGCAAAAUAGCACUGACCCAGGGUCAGUACAGGUGGCGCUGCAGAAGCUGGCGGAGAUCCUGGAGAGAGCGCCUAUUACAGCCAUCAUGCCAGCCGAUCCAUUUUGUCAGAGAGGGAGGAGGGGCCCCUAACAUCACGCAGCCACAGAGAUCAGCCCUGUCAGGCAGUUCUGAGUGGAACCUGAGAGUAGACCUCGAUCGGCAGCUCAGGUUUCCAAAAGUACCUCGACCUCACAGCCGAAUGCAGAGAGGCUGGAUGGUCAGCUGUAAGCUAACCGGUGGAGGUCAGGCUGUAGGGGGAGCAUCCACCGAGUGCUUCCUGAAGAACAUGGGAGUCACAGGCCCCAAACUCAGAGAGGCUCUGAAAGACCUGGCCGAGGAGGCUGAACAAGGAAGCUUCUGGCUUUAA